GUCAAGUCCUUGUAACAUAAGAAAUGUAUGUGUUACUUUCAAGGAGGCAUAUGAUGUAGGUAGCUUGCUCAUAGGUUUAGCUGAAGCGGUUUGGGUUGUGGAAGGGCAGAACUGUCCAGUCCCUUCAUCUUGCCAAGAAACCAGGGGAGCCAGUGCCUUUUCAUAUGCAAAGAAAUCCAUCUCUCCUUUUCUCUGUCAAAGUGAGCUUAGGUGGCUGCUGCUGUAUUCUCUUGCCAAAAUCAUAAGAGAGAGACAAGACAGGAAAGAGAGAGAGAGGGGUCUUUUGUUAAAAGGGGCCUGGAACUGAAGAUGCCCUGCUGACCAUCUUAAAGAAUUUUAUUUAAGGAGGAUACCUUUAGCAUUUAUCUUUAAAGAAGAAGAAAAAGAGAGAGAGAGAGAGAGAAUCACACACUGUAGGUUUUCAAACAUACACACACAGAGACAGUAUCUAGUGUACAGAAACAGAGUGGAUAGGUAGAAAACUGCUUAUUACCAAUAUAUAAAGCUUGGCUUGCUUUAUAUAUAUAUAUAAAUAUAUAAAAUAAUAACAGGAAUAGCCAUUGCAAGGGAAUCUACUGCAUUUUCAUUUGCUAAGCAGGCUCCUGGCUCCACGGCUCCCUUGCCUGGUAGGAGAAGGAAAUAGCUAGACUAGGUAUUCUGCAGGUCUGAAGAAAUCCAAAAUGGGCUAUUCGGAAAAAGCAGCAUCCAAAAUGCUGUUUCUUCAGUUGCUUUGCUCCUUGCCUCUUCUACAAGGUCUGCCUCUUUGGGAAAAUGAUGACGUGGCCCCUGCCACCCCUUCCCUGCCGCUGGAGGCCCUGUCGCCAGAGGCUGUGGGGGACCCAAAGGAGGAGGAAGUGGGGCCCUCAGCUGAAGUGAGGGGAUCCUUGCCCCCCAAUCCUGAAGGCCUCCCUGAAUUGCUGCAGGGAGCAUUGCUGAGGAAGGAGUUUCUGGGGAGCGAGUUGUUGGAAGACCCCAUCCCUGAAGGUAGCCCUUCCACUCUGCCCCCUUUCCAUCCUCCCAUCCAGCAGCUGGAUGGUGGGAUGGUCCCUGAGACCUCUGAAGCUAUAGCCACCGGUCCUUCUCCCUUGACCACUGCGGCUCCCCCCACGGGUUUCCUCCUCACAACCCCCCCUGCAUCAACAGCGGCCGCUCCUCCCCGUCUUCCCCCUCCACCGGAUGAGGUAGGAUCAGCCAGCCAACACAUCUCUGCCACCACCACCGCUUUCAUCCCUGAAGGUGAUGAGGAGACCACAACCACACUGAUCACAACAACAACCAUCACUACAGUGCACACACCUGUGUUUUGCAACAACAACAUCACUGAUGUGGAAGGCUACGUUGAAUCCCCAGAUUAUGCUGGUGCCACUUUUUAUGGAGGCCUGGACUGCACCUACACUAUCUCUGUUUACAUGGGCUAUGGGAUAGAAGUACAGGUGCAGAGUUUGAAUCUAUCCAAAGAGGAUUCACUGACAGUGGAAGGUCUAGGGGGUGAGAAGCCUGUUGUCUUGGCCAACGAGUCAUUGAUGGUUGAGGGGCAAGUGAUCCGCAGUCCGACCAACCAGGUGUUGAUUCACUUUCAGAGCUACCACACCACCACCCCUGGAAUCUUCAAAUUCCACUACCAAGCUUUUCUUCUCAGUUGUGGCUUCCCCAGCCGACCUGAGAAUGGGGAUGUUAUGGUUACUGACCUCCAUCCUGGUGGUUCUGCCACUUUUAAGUGUGAGUCAGGCUUCCACCUGCGAGGUGAAGAGACGCUCAUCUGCCUCAAUGUCAGCCGCCCUCGCUGGAGUGGUACCAGCCCUGCAUGUGUGGCUUCCUGUGGAGGAACAGUUCAUAAUGCCACUCGUGGGCGCAUUGUGGCUCCUGAAGCACCUGGUGGGCCUCGUGGUGGUCGGAACCUGACGUGCCGAUGGUUGGUGGAGGCACCUGAAGGCCAGCGCUUGCACCUGCAUUUUGAGAGAGUGGCUCUGGAUGAAGAUAAUGAUAAACUAAUGAUCCGCAGUGGGAGCAGCACAUUUUCCCCUAUCAUCUAUGACUCUGACAUGGACGAUGUCCCAGAACGUGGGUUGCUGAGUGAUGCCCAGUCUCUCAUUGUGGAGCUGACCAGCGAGGGCCCUGCCACGCCUCUCAUCCUUAGCCUGCGCUAUGAAGCUUUUGAUGAAGACCGAUGUUAUGAACCAUUCCUGGCACAUGGUAAUUUCAGCACAACAGAUCCAUUGUAUCAUAUGGGGACUGUAGUUGAGUUUGCCUGCAGUGCUGGAUAUAUGCUUGAACAGGGACCUUCUGCCAUUGAAUGCAUAGAUGCAAGAGAUCCUCGCUGGAAUGAAAGCGAGCCAACCUGCAAAGCGUUGUGUGGAGGGGAACUCUCUGAGUCUACAGGCGUCAUACUUUCCCCUGAUUGGCCCCAGUCCUAUGGAAAAGGCCAGGACUGCGUCUGGGGUAUCCGAGUGCAGGAGGAGAAGAGAGUGCUGCUGGACAUUGAGAUCCUCAACAUCCGCAAGUCUGAUGUGUUGACAAUCUUUGAUGGAGGGGACUUAACUGCUCGGAUCCUUGGCCAGUAUUUGGGCCCACACCCUCGCUUCAGCCUGUAUUCCUCUGGCCCAGCAGUCACUCUUCAGUUCCAGUCAGACCCCGGGGACCCUCUCUUUGGCCUCAGCCAGGGUUUCCUGGUGCGGUACAAGGAGGUUCCACGAAAUGACACUUGCCCAGAGCUGCCAGAAGUGGAGUUUGGCUGGCGCACAGCUUCUCAUGCUGCUGUCAUCCGUGGCACAGUUGUGACCUACCAGUGUGAGCCAGGUUAUGACAUUGUGGGAUCUGACAUACUCACUUGCCAAUGGGAUCUAUCCUGGAGCAACAGCCCUCCCACAUGCCAGAAGAUUGUGAACUGUGCUGAUCCUGGGGAAAUCAGCAAUGGCAAACGCAGCGUCUCGGAUCGACGUUUCUCCAUUGGUUCCCACGUCCAGUAUUUUUGUCAUGAGGGCUACGUGGUGGAAGGGAGCAGCACACUGACUUGUUACAACCGGGACACUGGCACCCCUAAAUGGAGUGACCGAGUGCCCAAAUGUGUCUUGAAAUAUGAGCCCUGCCUGAACCCUGGUGUUCCAGAGAAUGGCUAUCAAACCCUUUACAAGCAUCACUACCAGGCGGGAGAAUCCCUGCGCUUCUUCUGCUAUGAGGGGUUUGAACUAAUAGGUGAAGUGACCAUCACUUGCAUACCGGGACAUCCAUCCCAGUGGACCAGCCAACCCCCACUGUGUAAAGUGGCCUAUGAGGAGUUAUUGGACAGCCGGAAACUAGAAGUCACCCAGACAACAGACCCUUCCCACCAGAUGGAAGGGGGCAACAUUGCCCUGGCGAUUUUCCUUCCCAUCAUCCUUGUCAUCCUUCUAAUUGGUGGAAUCUAUGUCUACUACACCAAGUUCCAAGGAAAGACCCUCUUUGGUUUCUCUUUCUCCAGCUCCCAUAGCUACAGCCCGAUCACUGUGGAGUCUGACUUUAACAACCCUCUCUAUGAGGCUGGGGACACCAGAGAAUAUGAAGUUUCAAUCUAGAAGAAGUUACGUGAUCUGCAUUCUUCCCCCAACCCAAGCGGGUUUGAGGAUCAGCGACUGAGAACGAUUCCUAUUUAGGAGGGAAUAGCAGAAGGUGGUUUUUGGAGGGGCUAGGGGGAAAUGGAGGGGGAAGAGGGAGUUUCUUCUCUCUGCCCCACAGAUUGAGCUUUCUCCCUUCCUCUCCAUGUUGCUGCCUCACUGUCCACUCUCCCAGCUUUGGACACCAUCUACUCCCCUCGCCCUUGUAAAUACUCUCUUCAGUGUGCCAAACGCGUUUCUCUCACACACAAACACACACGCACACACUUUUCCGGCUUUAUCUGUUGGUUUACUUAUAUUUAUUUCUCAGUUUGUUGACUUACUUUUUUCUUUCCCUCUGUUGAUUUAUUAAAUCCUUAGGGACUGAUGCAGAAGGAGUGGUUGCACCUUACUCCUUUCUUCCUUGCCUUGUCCCUGAGUCCUUUUUUUUUAUUUUAAAGGAAGUGGAUACCAAUUAUCGGUGCUGCCAUUUAAAUAAAGUUCUCUGUAUAGUAUUAUCACUAAAAAGCAGGACAAGUGCUUUGUACAAGACCUUCCUCUAACAAGCUGUAUUUCAUCCUAAAAGUAAAUGGCAAACAAAUAUCUACAAGGAUAAAAGAGAAAUAGAACAAGUAAAUGCUCUGGCAAAGAAGCCAAAAUGUGGGUCCUCUAAUGUUAAAACAUGUUACACAGAAGAAAAGACCCAAUGGUUUGAGCAGCAUGAACUUCCACUAAAUUUUUGGGGAACUGGAAAUAUAUAAGAUCCUCCAAAAGAAAACCAGUGCUUCAUAUUUGAGAGGAAAAAUUGUAGGGUGGUAGAGCCUUGGGCUUCCUCCUGAACAACCCAUUCAUGGGCUGGGUAGGUGUGGUAGAAUGAAUUUUAAGUUGCCCUAUAGGAAAUAAAAGCCAGCAUAUGUAAUUUUGAGUAGGUUUGAAGAAGCAGUAGUGCACUCUACCAUCUGGAACAGGCACCAAUCCGCCCUGUAAUGGUCCAUUGGGAGAAUAUGCCACAAACCUCUUGAGAGGUCCUGAAAAUAAGCAAGGCACUCUGCUAGUAGCUUUAUGGGGAAAGCUUAUACCUGUACAUAGUUACUUGGAAUGAAGUCGCACUGCAUUCAGUGGCGCUAAUUCCCAGGUAAGUGGGCACAGGAUUGGAGGCUUAAUGAUUAAGAGCUGCCUGCCAAGGGCUUUCUGAUUACACUUCUGCUGUUCUUCUGACCUUCUAAUCCCCUUCCCAACUCAUUCCAAAGGAAGAGAAAGUUAAAACAAAAGUUCCUAUGGCCUUCAAAAAGAGGCUUGUUAGAACUUAUUUCUAAGUUGGUCCGAAUGUUAAGCAACAUAGGCUAACAUGGCCAAUUAUUUUGUUUAUACCAGUUUUAUCAGUUUAGGGACGAAAGAAUCAUCAGUUUCAGUUUGAGGCGUGAAAAUGUUUUGCCUCUACUUCUAAAUAAAAAUAAAAUGUAAUAAUAGUAUCUUAGAAUAAGUACUUCUCUGAACAAAUUCAGGAAACUGGCUGGGAUUCCUUAAAAAAUGAUUUUGGGAAUUAUAAAUAUAGGGUGCAAUAAAUGGGGAAGCCUUCUGGAACAAGUCCUAUUGAUUCAGUCUUGUCCAUCUUUUGUUCGUUUUAGUGAUUGCUAGUGCAGGAGAACUUCCCAGUGGGUUGUACAAUAUGUCCUUCCUUUCUGGCUCCUAAAUAUUUAAUGUCUGCUCCUAAAGAAUUAUCCCCCCCCCCACCAGUCCUGCCUUUCAAAGUGAAAAUGUAGGAUGAUCAUUCAUCUUGAACAUUUCAUUUAAAGAAUGAAAAAGGAGGUGGCUACCUUUUUGGUUCUGAGCAAGUUCUCUUAAUAGUAAAAUUUUGGAGCGUAAUGAUGAAGGGAUUUCGGUAUGUUUUUAUGGAUAAAAUAUAGGCAGAUGAUAAUGUUUGUUGUCAAAAAUAAUACAUCAUUAAGAGACAUUAAUAAUUUCACAUGUUUUUAAAAACAACUGUGCCAAUAUUAUUUUUAUGUUAGUUUCCAGCCUUUAAAAAAACAAUUGUUUCUUUAUUUGUCUAGUGUGUUUUAAAAAUGAUAAUAAAAUAACUGGAGGCUUUGUAGCUUCUGCUUCUUCAUAGAGUCCCUUGAAUGAUAAGGCAGAGAAAAUUAUUUACUUUUGGAAAAUUAUAUUAAUACUUUUGAAGGCUGAUUUUCUUUUAACGUGGCGAUCUUCACCCUAUCCCUUGUUUCAGGAAAAUUCCAUGUGCACUUAGUAUUAAGAAUACUGCUUUGUGAGUUAAGUACAGAAGG